GAGAAUGAGGCAAGUAAGAAGAUAUGAAGAUAUGGAGGCGAGCUAAGUGUUGACUGCUGUUUUUAAUUAAGAAUUUCCCAUCUUUCAUAAAAAUAGAGGAAAAAUGGAAGAAAAAAUGGAAGCUAAAGUUAGCAAGGAAGAUUGCAUUAAAAUGUUGAGAAAAAGAGUACAAGAAUUGAAAGAAAAAGCUGCAAAGGAUCACACUGAAGCAGAGAUCAAGCAAAAUAUAACCGAUGUUUUUAAUGGAUUCAACUGGAAAGAUGAAUCAGCUGACGAGUCAAGCUUUCAUUCAUCUCUUUGGCUUGGACUCAAGGUUUUGAAAUGGAUUCUAAUUAUAUUGAUGAUGGUUGUGUUACUCACAGUAUCUGUAUACUUGGCUGGUCAAUACAACCCAUAUGUCUCAAACCAUUUAAGAGCCACCAUGCAUGAUCGCAAUAUGGCUUACACAAUUGCAAGGUUUAUGAGAAUCGUCAGCCUCCCUUUUCAUGAGAUUUUUGAUCUGAAGAAAGCACAAAAGUGGGAAUGUCUGGUCCAAAAUCCGUUUUAUAAGUCGGAAGAACCAAAUUGUGAGCUCUGUGAACUUAAUCAAGAGAUUCCGGUCAUGGCUGCAUCAGACAAGGAGGUUAAAGAAAUUUCUGCUUUUGGAGAGCCAUGCGUUAUUAAAAAUGAACCUUCAUUCAAUAAACAAAGUUAUAAUUUCACAUUUAUCAAAGAGUUUUACUUCAAAAACAAAAAAGACUUGGAUUUCAGUGCCUGUGAGUUAUUUGGUGAUGGAGGUAGUAAAACUGUUGGGGGUUAUUUUCAGAGUACUGAAGAUCAGGUGCUAAAAAGUAAAAAGACUUUUGGUUGGAAGAACUGCCGUAUAGAGGGAACACGUGCACUCAGACAGCUGUUUAAAAGACCUUCAUUUGUACCACUUAUGUCAGAGAUAUAUCUUGAGAAGCACAUGUUUUUUGUCCACCCAGAGUCACCUCAGAAACUGGAACUUCCUUCCUGUGGGACAUCGAACUGCUUCAUAGCUCAAGUUUCAGGCGCUUCUUCUGUCACUUUGACUCCAUUUGAUGCUUGUCGCAAGAACUGCACCAACACGGAGCAGUUUGAGAUACAGACCGGUGACAUAUUUUACUACCCUGAACAACCAUGGAAGGUGACUGUGGAGGCGAAGCCAAAUCAGCUGUCAAUAAUUUAUCGCUCAGAUUUUUCGUGAUGGCGUUGCUAAGCAACGAAGGUUCUUUGGAAGGACUUGUCUUACGGCCUCAAGUUUAUUUGUAUUUAUUGUACGUAGGAUUAGUUGGUAAUCAAUAUGACGCUUUCAUCGAUCAACAUUAUUUACAUAGUGAAUAGACAUACAAAUAAGAUUGUAACAUUCUCAACUUCUUAUUUGCUUCAAUUCUCCUUUCUGCAUUUACCAUCGCAUUACUCUUUUCCCCUAUUCUGCACAACUUAUUACAUCUUACCUUUCCUUCUGUCCUUUUCUAAAACAGACCUGAAAAGCUGAUCAGAUGUAGGUAAUACACCACCGUUUUUAUUUUUGUUACCAUUCCUUCAACUUCGCAUAUAUUCUCCUUUCGUUCCUUUUUGUCUCUUUUUGUUUUCGACACCCUCUUUCUUUCUAUGGGUGUCCCUUUUCCUAUCCCUUUGAACUCAUUAUAUGCCUUGACAUCUCAUUGUUUACCUUUUGAUUUUGGGAACCUUAUUUUAUACUAACCAUGUUUGUAGUAUGUGGUUUAUGUUAAGCUGUAUUGAAGCAUCAGUGAUGUUUUCUGAUUUAUUUGUAGCUUUCUGUUUAGGUUAGAAUCAUGUAGAACAAUGGCAGGUUUAGUCGUGCAAUCUGACAUUUGGAAGUUUUUUUGGCAUCUUAAGUAGAAACAAGUGUAUCUUGAUUUUGUACUUUUUUCUUUGCAUGAUCUGUUAUUGUGCUUAAAUGUG